AUGUCAUCAAAUUCUGAUCGUUAUGCAUUUAUUGGAUUAGGUGCCAUGGGACUUCCAAUGGCAAUAAACCUUCAAACCUAUUUUGCAUCAAAUAAUCUUCCUCCAUUGAUCGUUUACAAUCGUACAUUUGCCAAAACUCAAUCUGUAAAAGAAAUUGGAGCUAUCACUGCUACUAGUUUGAAACAAGUCAUUGAAAAUGCUAAUAUAAUUUUUACUUCACUUUCUAAUGAUGACGCUGUUAAUCAAACUUAUGAUCAAUUAUUGAGUGAAUUAGAUCAUAUUAAUGAUAAUAAUAAGAGAAAAAGAAUAUUUAUUGAAACAAGUACUAUACUUCCAACUACAAUUAGUGCACUCAGAGAAAAAGUUGAGAAGGCAAAUAAUACGUUUUUAUUACAUUGUCCUGUUUGGGGCGCUCCUAGAGCUGCAAAGAGUGCACAGCUGUCAAUUAUCACUUCUGGCAACCAAGACGUAAUUGAUUGUAUAUUACCACUAUUAGUACCUGUGUUAGGAAAGAAAACUUUACCUGCUGGCGAUGAUGUAACGAAGGCAGCAAAAUAUAAGUUAAUGGGAAAUUUAUUCAUUAUCGGUAGUGUUGAAUUAUUAUCAGAAGGAAUUACUUUUGCAGAAAAAUCUGGUCUUGAAAAAGAAAUGGUUAUGGAAUUUAUUUCCUCUGUUUAUUCAUCAAGUAUUCUUACAUACUAUGGAACAAGAAUGAUAGAAGAAAAUUUUGAUAAAGAGGUUGGAUUUACCGUUACUAAUGCCUUAAAAGACGUAGGACAUAUUCGGCAAUUAGCAAAAGACUCGGGUGCGCAGUUACCAAUAGCAGAUUUAAUGAAUGAACAUUUGAACUAUGCAAAAGACAAUGAACCAGGUGCAGAAAAUUAUGAUUGGAGUUGUACGAUUGGCGCUUUAAGAGUUGCUUCUGGAUUACCAUUUAUUAAUAAACAUGUAAAACCAGAAUAA